AUGGAGGCAGCAGGUCUCGCCAUAGGCGUCGUCGGUAUCGCAGGUCUUUUCAACACAUGUCUAGACUCUCUAUCGCGCUUCCAAGCCUACAAAUCCUCAACCGCUGACCAUCACGUUCUUGACACGAGGUUCCGCGCUGCUAGGGCAAGAUUUGAGAAAUGGGGAGCCGGCGUUGGUAUUUCAGAGGGAAGGCUUCUAUCAGAUCAUAAUUCUGGCCUCGAUGACUCAAAAACUUCGGGCGUCAUUACAGAUAUUCUGACUAUCAUCGCCAAGGCUAUUUGCGAUGAUGGAAAUGUCUUGCAGAAUGACCAGUUUGCCGGGUUACAGUCCAGGCGCAAAAGGUUGAAGUGGGCGCUUGGUGGUAAGGAAGAUCGGACUGAGCAGGUUGACAUAUUUGAGAAGUUGGUGCAGCAGUUGUACAACCUUGUACCGGUUGGCGACAAAGGCCAAGAUCAGAUUGGAGAGCAGAACGGGGAUUGGUCCGAUGUGAAGAGGAUUUUGCUUAACAUUGAGCAAAGCAUGAAAGAUGAGAUGCGACGGGAUGUAUACUCAUGGUUAAGCGUACCUGCAUACAGCGACAAGUACCAAGAUUCCCUGGACGAACGAGUCGACAGUACAUGCGAAUGGGUCUUUGACCGCAACGAAUUCAAGACCUGGGUCUCACCAGAAGAUUCGUCUUCUCCAAACCUCCUCUGGAUUAACGGCCCAGCAGGGUUUGGCAAGACAAUCUUAUGUGCUCACAUCGCACAACAUUUGUCAAAAACGCUCACUACACCUGUUGCCUAUUUCUUCUUCACCUCCAACCAAGAUACGCCUUACCUCGGGCUCCGAUCAUGGAUUCAUCAGGUAGCUGAUGCGCGAGACGAAGCUUUUGACUGCGUCCGUCAGGUUCGGGACGCUCAUCCUACCGAGACAGCCUCGAGGAGGAAUCUGCUCGACAUCUUCACUGCUGUGGUGGAAGCAGUUCCUGGAUGCACCCUCAUUGCCGAUGGAUUGGAUGAGUGCUCACAGCUUGGAAAUGGUGAUUCCUCAGUCGCGAGAUUUCUGUCAGAUGUAAUUGGUGCGGUUUCGAAGAACGAUGUUAGGCUCUUAUUUAUCAGUCGAGAUGAGCCUGAAAUUAGGAAUGCCCUUGAAGAGAGCGUAGGCUCAUUCUCAGAGUACAAGAUCGCUCCGGACGACGUACGAUCUGACACAGCAGUGUUCUCUCAAUUCAUCGUCGACAAAAAGCUCGCCAACAAGAGUGAAGAUAUCCGAUCGACUGUCUCCGAGGCAAUGACAGAUAGAUGCGAAGGACAAUUCUUGUGGAUAAGAAUGCAAGAAGAAUCACUCAGAAAAGGCAUGAGUAAGAAACGACUCCACGACGCCGUCGAGAAUACGCCCCCAGGCCUUGACCGUCUGUAUGACCACAAUUGGAACAGAAUCAUGGCCAUGUCUGAAUUUGAGAAAGAUCGAGUCUUUGCCAUUCUUCGAUGGGCCGCAUUCGCGAAAUGUAAUCUUUCAGUUUAUGAGAUCACCGAAGCUACAUUGAUGACACAAUUUGAGGAACUAGAUCCUGAAGAAUAUCCCGACGAGAUAAACGAGGAUUAUAUCAGGACAGAAAUUGUCGGUCUUUGCAGCCCUCUGUUGGAAGUGAAGGAUCUUUUCGUUCAUAUACCGCAUUUCUCAGUGCGGCAGUAUCUUGGUCAACACCUCCCUCUUCCCAACUGGCUGAACCAAAACGGCCAAUUGCAGACCUCCUACGAAAGGCUACACCAUACAGUCCUUGCAAAGGCAUGUUUACUUUAUCUGGGAUUUCCGCAGACUUGGGAGCAUGAAUUCGAUUAUGCUACUCGUCACCAGACUCUUCGUUUCUACGCCGCUAUGCAAUGGGUCCACCACUCGAAGAUCAGCGAACAUAACUCUUACAUCUGGGAAUUAGCUAUUGAUCUACUUCGAGAGGAUAAUCCGCUCUGGACGUCACUUUCGGGGUACACGGUAGAAGCCUUGUCGCAUGACCAUGCCGAAGAUGAGGAAGCGCACCAACCAUUCCACCCCCUUGAAUACACACUAAACUUUGGGUGGCGGGAUAUGGCGAAUUACCUUAUCAGUGAGAGGAAUGUCAACAGGGUUGGUUCGCUGGGGCUAACACCGCUGUUGCAGGCUUCUAAUGAAGAAGAUAUGGCUGAGACCGUGGAAAGACUUCUUGAGGCAGGAGCUAAUAUUGAGGCUGUAAACAAGAAAAAGUAUACGCCUUUGCAUAGAGCAGUUAGAAGUCAAGUCGAGGAGAAUAUCAGGAUCCUAGUCAAGCAUGGGGCGGACUUGUCGGCUCAGGACGAUGACGGCUUCACACCGCUUCAUGUAGCUGCGGCAACGUGCAGCUUGAAAAUCUGCGAAAUUCUCAUCGAUGGAGGUUCGGAUUUGACUAUGAAAGAUCGUAGGGGUAUGAUCCCUCUGCAUAUGGCGUGCUACGAGGCUGGCCGAAGCGAGCUGGCGAAAAUGAUGCUGCAACACGGUCCUGAUAGUAUGGUAUUGGAGGGGUCAACCGUAGGACCUCCGGUACAUUUUACUUGUACCACGGGCGAUUUGGAGAUGGCUCAUGUCCUGAUGGAACACGGAGCCGCUCCUUCAUUGGCCUUUGUUGACGAGGGGGGUGCUACGGCACUCAUGAAGGCUGCACUAGAUGGACACGUCGAGCUUGUUAAGCUGUUUCUUGAGCAUGGAGCGGAUACCACGUUGUCAUUUGCUGCCAAGGACAUCGGAUCAACAGUGCUUCACAUGUUGUGUGUACAGCAAAAGAGAGAAGAAAUGUUUGAGACGGUCCUUCGAACAGGAGUUGAAGAGUCGAUGCUUAUGUUUGAUGAAAUGUGGAGGAUUCCGCUGCAUAUUGCAUGUCACAACGGGAUGAUCAGGGCAGUUGAGUUAAUCCUGGGCUACAAAGGUGGAAAUGUAAAAGCCAUGCUUGAAGCCAGGACGGAGGAGCUCUGGACUCCGUUAUGGAUGGCGGCGUGGUAUGGUCAUUUGGAGAUUGUCAAGACUUUGUUGGAUCAUGGAGCUACGGAGACUAUCGCAGCUGUUGACCGCACGGGUAAAACCGUAUUGUGGGAGGCUUCACAAAAUGGCUAUACCGAUAUCGUGCAGGAAUUACUCAAUCGAGGCGCAGAAGAAACUAUCGCCAUUACUUCCAUGCGUGGGGACACGCCACUAUGGGUCGCCUCGUAUUACGGCCAUGCAGAUAUCGUCAGGGUAUUACUCGAACAUGGUGCUGCAUCGACCAUUGCAGUGGGCGACGUGAAUAGCAAGACACCUUUACACGCUGCGUCGAGCGAAGGCUAUUUAGAGAUUGUGAAGUUGCUUCUCAGCCAUGGAGACGGAUCAGCUCUCGAGAUGCUGGAUGUUCACAGCAAGACACCACUUUAUGAAGCAGCAGAUAAUGGCCAUGUCGAGGUCGUCAAAGAGUUACUAGCGCACGGGGCAGGCUCAACUAUCAAUAUCGUCAACAUGUGGGAAUGGUCCCCCUUGUAUGCGGCCUGUAAAAGCGACGAAGUUGAGAUUGUCAAGCAAUUGUUGGACUACGGUGCUGCACCAACUGUUAAUCUGGUUAACAAACAUGGGUACACGCCUCUUCAAGCAGCGAUAUAUGGAGAUAACGCCGAGAUGGUUGAGCUGUUGCUCGAACAUGGCGCUGAGAAGACUGUCACGACCCUUGACAGCAAUGGUGAAAGUCCUUUAUACAUGGCAGCAAGAAACGCAAAUGUUGAGAUUGUCGACCGGCUACUCAAACACGGCGCGGAAGCCAACAUUUCGAUGUCUACCAAGAAUGGUAACCCAUUACUCUACGCUGCUGCGGAAGGAGGUUGUUGGAAGAUCUAUCAGACACUGCUUGCGUACCCUGAUGUUGAAUCGACAAUCAUGUUACUGGAUGUUAAGAGCAGGAGUCUCUUAAGCGCCGCCUCAGGUGGAGGCUGUGUCAAGAUUGUGGAAGACCUCCUCAAUCGUGAUGCCAGGAAAUAUGCAGCUCUUCCCAGUAAAGCAGGAGAGACACCGUUACUUUAUGCAGCGAACUCUGACUAUGCCGACAUUGUUCAACUGCUAAUAUCGAUACCGAAAUAUCCUGUGAACUACGCGACGCAUUAUGGCAUCACGCCAUUAUUUCUCGCUUCUCGUUUCGGUAACAUCGAGACAGUAAAGCUCCUUCUGUCACAAGAUGACAUCGACAUAGAUUGCAAGAACUGGAAAGCCCUUACACCAUUAUACGCAGCCGUAGCCAACGGCCAUAUCGAAAUCGCAGAACUACUCAUCUCGAACGGUGCUACGCUUGACGCAUGGCCUACAGUCGGUCGACCGCUGUUAUGGUGGGCUAAGCGCUCUGGCAAGCCUGAUAUGGUGAAGCUUUUGGAGAAGCAUGGCAUGACGAUGGAUACUAUCGGUCCUUAUCGACAUUAUCGCAGGGUGGAGCCACGAGAUGAUGCUGCAUCUGUGUCGUUUGAUGGUAUAUGGGUGUAA